AUGGUAGCGCCAGGUAGGACGGGGUUGCAGGAGUCAUAUAGGCUACCGAAACGGAAAACGACUACGAUGGCGAUCUGUACUUCUAACGUACGUACGCUUGCAUCGGAAGCGGCUAUCGAAGAUAUGAUGAUGCAAGCCAAGAAGAUCAAGUACGACGUCAUUGGAAUGACCGAGAAGAGACGACGUCACCAUCUCAACGCCGUAUAUGAAACUGGAGAAGAACUGUUCUUAGGAACAUGCGACAGUAGAGGUGUUGGUGGAGUUGGCAUCCUCGUCAACACGAGUAUGGCAAAGAACAACGACUCUUUCGAACAACUUACGACCCGAAUCGGACGUCUGCUGCGGAUGAGAAGAUCCAACACCAGCUUUGACUAUCUUCGUCGCUUACGCUCCAACAUCAAGCUACGAUGA